CACUAUGGGGCCAUGGAAUCCUCUCGUUCCAUCUCUGAGCUCAAAUCAUCGUUUAUCAGGACGCAAGUUCGCAUCCUAUCGGAGAGCCUCGAAGCGCCUGAAGAUUGGAGAAGUUAUGCAGCCGAGUCAACAGAGGAGGAGCUGAAUGAUAAGGUGGUUGGGGAUGUAUUGCAGAAAUUGAACGCCGCCUUGAAACAACACAGUCGCAUUGUUUACUCCUCGCAAGCGGUCCAGCAUGUUGCACAGCAAAUUACAAGCUUGUACUGGUCCUCUGUUAGCCAGAUUACGCGCGAUGUGACCUCACUAGAGAGGGGCAUUGAUCGAACCGUGGACUUGUCCAGUCACCAGAAUAUUACUCAGCUCCCUGCAGAGCUUUAUGAGCAAUCUGCGAGCGAAGAGGAGCGUGCCAGAUACAAGCGCCUCCAAGAACGGCUGGUUGGCCUCGACAACCUGCGGCAACAAAGACAGCGGCGCUUGGAUCAGCUGCGGCACCUACAGCAUCUCCUCGAGCCUUUUCAGGAACCGCAGAGUAACAUCCAACCUAAUCUCGUCACAAGAGAUGGAGAAUUGGUCCAAGAGCUGGAAAAAAUGAGGAUGUUAGUUGCGCGGGUCAGCGGUCGGAUGGCGCAGAAACAGAGCAAAGGAAAUACCGAUGCAAGUGAUGCUUCUUAUCCGCUGGGGCCUGACCAGAAGCUUGCAGCGCUCCUUGAUCUGAGUUGA